AUGGCGUCGCCGUCGGUCACUGAUACGUCCUCUGAAACUACUCCAUCAUCGGCUCUAAUUGCUCCGAAUGUUUCUCCACAAUUGUCGUUGAAGCUCACAUCUACCAACUAUAUGUUGUGGCGAGCUCAAUUCGUUCCUCUUCUGAGAGGAUACAAUCUUCUCGGAUAUGUUGAUGCUUGUGCAGCUUGGAUGACACUCGCUAAUGUCUUUGAGCCAUCAUCACGCACACGCGUUCUUGAUCUGAAAGAUUGUCUUUCUCGUGUUCAGAAGAAUACUGACUCAGUCACAGACUAUCUUUUAUCAAUUCGUUCCAUUGCAGAUACUCUUGCUGCAAUUGAUCAACCGAUUGCCGAUGAAGAUCUUGUCCUUGUGACUCUUCGCGGUCUCAGAGCUGAUUAUCGAGAUUUUGCAACUUCUAUUCGUCUUCGUCAUGAGCCAAUAUCCUUUGUUGAGCUUAGCGGAUUACUCAUAAGUCAUGAGAGUUUUCUGCGCUCCAUUUCACCAUAUGGUUCGCUGCACAUAUCAACUAAAAAUGUUGCCUCUGCAAGUUCUAUGAAUCAACGAGGUUACCGAUCUGCUGGAACUCGAUCUCGAUCUAGAUUCCGUGGUCGUGGCUUUCAUAAUCGAGGGGGUCAAUCUCGAUCCAAUGGCUAUUAG